AUGGGAAAUUUCAUGGAAACAUGCAGAGAUAGCCAAGAAGUGGAGAUGAGAGAGCAUGAGAAGCAAGAAAAUGAAGAAAAUGGAGGUGGGUUUGUCAAGGAUGAUGGUGGUCUUGAGACAAGUGCUGUGAGGAUUAAGAUAGUGUUGACAAAGGAGGAGUUGGAGUGGCUGGUGUUUCAGCUCAAGGAUGAGAGAAGAGGGAAUAAGAGGCUAGAAGAUGUGUUGGAAGAGAUAGAGAGAGGGAGAGGGAAAGUUGAAGGGUGGAAACCUUCCCUAGAGAGUAUCAUGGAGAGCCCUGAAGUUCCUGAAAUGGACAAAUAA